CUGUGCAGCACGUGCCUGUUUCUUGAUGUAUUGCAAAGAGAGAGAGACUGAGCUGUUGUUGUUCAACCCUCACCAUCCCAUCACACAUAUCUUUCUUGUUUCCUUCUCCUCUUCUCUCCUCUUCUUGAGCUUCAGAGAUCUCUCCCAAAGAUGGCGACUGAUGAUGAGCCUUCUCUAACUCGCUGGAGCUUUCUGGAAUUUAAAACGUUUUAUGAUGCCAAGUUUGGGAGGAAGAAGCUGCCCGAAGGAGAUUCCAACAAGAACCUACCACAAGAUGGAUCCUCCAACACUAAUGAUGCUGAUGCCAACAACAACAACUCUUCCCAAGUUAUCAACUCAGCUCAGGAGGGUAACACAGGCUUGGCCAAUGGCAAUGCGAUUCGUGAGAAGCCGAAAAAGUCCAUGUUUCCACCUUUUGAAUCUGCUGAAACUCGUACCCUUGCAGAGAGUUUGAGUAGGGAUAUCAUCCGUGGGAAUCCAAAUAUCAAGUGGGAAAGCAUCAAGGGUUUAGAGAAUGCCAAAAAAUUGCUCAAAGAAGCUGUGGUGAUGCCUAUAAAAUAUCCCACGUACUUUAAUGGUCUACUAACUCCAUGGAAAGGAAUUCUUCUUUUUGGUCCACCUGGUACUGGAAAGACUAUGCUUGCAAAGGCUGUUGCUACAGAGUGCAAUACAACAUUCUUCAAUAUCUCAGCCUCAUCUGUUGUUAGCAAAUGGAGAGGUGAUUCUGAGAAGUUGAUAAGAGUUCUGUUCGACCUAGCUAGGCAUCACGCACCUUCAACGAUAUUUCUUGAUGAAAUAGAUGCAAUCAUAAGCCAACGUGGUGGUGAAGGCCGCAGUGAACAUGAAGCAAGCAGGCGUCUCAAAACCGAGCUUCUCAUUCAGAUGGAUGGGUUACAGAAAACGAAUGAGCUUGUGUUUGUUUUAGCAGCAACAAAUCUCCCCUGGGAACUAGAUGCAGCUAUGCUCCGGCGUCUAGAGAAAAGAAUUCUUGUACCUUUACCGGAUCCGGAAGCAAGAAGAGGAAUGUUCGAGAUGCUCUUGCCGUCACAACCAGGCGAUGAGCCAUUGCCUCAUGAUGUGCUGGUUGAGAAAUCUGAGGGUUACUCUGGUUCGGACAUUCGAAUACUUUGUAAGGAAGCUGCGAUGCAACCAUUAAGACGCACACUAGCUAUUUUAGAAGACAGAGAAGAUAUUGUGCCUGAAGAGGAGUUGCCAAAAAUUGGACCUAUCCUACCAGAAGAUAUUGAUCGAGCUCUGAGCAACACUCGACCAUCCGCUCAUCUGCACGCCCAUCUUUACGACAAGUUCAAUGAUGAUUAUGGUAGCCAAAUUCUUAAGUAAAUUCGAUAAACAUAUAUACAAUAUUUGUAUGGAAGCAUCCAAAUUCUGGCCACUCAAGAACUUUUGUUUGCUUUGAACUUAAGAAUAAAAGCUCGUCGUUGUUUUGUUUGCUUCA